AUGUGGCUCGCGGGGGUGGCCAUCGCGUCGAUCUACGCCGUUAUCAGCGUUUUGGGACUCAUCGGGAACGUGACCUUGAUCCGGACCUUCUGCUCGGCCAAAUCCAUCCGCAACGUGCCGAACCUGUUCAUGUCCAGCCUCGCGCUCGGAGACGUCCUGCUGCUGGUCACGUGCGCUCCCGUGGACGCCAGCCGGUACCUGUCCGAAGAGUGGCUGUUCGGACGCGUGGGGUGCAAGGUGAUCCCGUUCAUCCAGCUCACGUCCGUCGGGGUGUCGGUGUUCACGCUCACGGCUCUUUCCGCGGACAGGUAUCGAGCCAUUGUGAAACCACUGGACGUCCAGACCCCGAGCAGCACUUCCAGUAUUAUCCUGCGGGCGGCGCUCAUCUGGCUCUUCUCGCUGGUCCUGGCCAUUCCUGAAGCCGUCUUCUCUGACCUCCACACCUUUAACAUCCCCUCCACCAAUGAAAGCUUCGUCACCUGCGCCCCCUACCCUCACGCUGGGGAACUGCACCCAAAGAUUCACUCCAUGGCCUCUUUUCUCAUCUUCUACGUCAUCCCCCUGCUGGUCAUUUCUGUGUACUACACCUACAUCGCCCGCAGCCUGAUGAAGAGUGCGUCAAAUCUACCAGUGGAGAACAAUGUGCACGCAAGAAGACAGGUUGAAUCGAGGAAGCGUUUGGCUAAAACUGUGCUGGUGUUCGUGGCUCUGUUCGCUGUGUGCUGGCUGCCCAGUCACGUCAUCUACCUGUACCGCUCCUACCACUACUCACAGGUGGACACUUCUCUGGCCCAUUUUGUGUGCAGUGUGGUGGCUCGGAUCUUGGCCUUCACAAACUCCUGUCUGAACCCCUUCGCCCUGUACCUGCUCAGUGACAGUUUCCAGAAGCAGUUUAAUCAGCAGCUCUGCUGUUUAUGUCGACUCAUCGCGCAGAAGUCCCCGCAGAGCCCUCUUCAUUUUAACACACGGGUCACCUCAGUCCGCAGCACCCAUCACUCCAUGGCCAGUGUCAGUGUGGCCAACGGGAGGCGCUGUCAGGAGGACUGUGUGUGA